AUGCGCCACAAGUGGCUCUGGCGGUUCCUGCGGCGCCGCGACUUCAAGCGCUUCGAGGCGACCUUGGAAGCCCUGCGCGACCGUGACAUCCCCUUCGACGAGGUGACCUACAACUUUGCCAUGUACGGCAUUCUGCUGCACCCACGGCAAGUGGACGAACUCUCUCGGGAGGUCCUUCAAGACAUGGAGGAGGAUGGCCGCUUUCACCCGGCGCUUUUACGGCUCCAGCGAGGCUUUUUGGACUCCUUCUUUGAGCUCAAGGAGGUCGACGCGGCGCCGAACCGGAAGAACUUGCUCAAGGCAUGUCACGGGAGCACCGGACAGUGA